AUGCCAGUUAAAGUUGAUAUAACUCCACCACCUCCCGCAAACUCAAAACAGCCAGGUGUAACGAAGUCUCUUCUAUAUAACGGCUCUAAAUUUCAAGGACAUCAAGCAUCAAAAGGGAAUUCCUAUGAAGUUGAAGUAGUUUUACAGCAUGUCGACGAGGAAAAUUCUUAUCUUUGUGGCUACUUAAAAAUUAAAGGGCUUACAGAGGAAUUUCCUACAUUGACAACAUUUUUCGAUGGUGAAAUUAUAUCAGCUAAGUAUCCCUUCCUAACUCGAAAAUGGGAUGCUGAUGAGGAUGUGGACAGAAAACAUUGGAGUAAAUUUGACUUGUUUGUACCAUAUUUGAAGACAUUUAACUCCGACUCUUUUGAUUAUGACUCUCUUGCAAAAGCUGAUUAUGUAUUCAUGAGAUGGAAAGAACAUUUUUUAGUGCCAGAUCAUACAAUUAAGGACAUAAAUGGUGCUUCCUUUGCGGGUUUCUAUUAUAUAUGUUUUCACAAGUCUGCUGCCACAAUAGAGGGUUAUUACUACCAUAGAAGUUCUGAGUGGUAUCAAUCUUUGACAUUAAGCCAUGUUCCAGAACACAGCAUUCAAAUUUAUGAGUUCAGAUGA